AUGACGGGUCGUUCAGCGCGUUUGGCAAUCAGGAUAAAUCUGGAAGCGUAUGGUACAAAAAUUAAUUCAGCGUUGAGUUCAUUCGUUAUCAAAUGUUUCCACCAAGCGAAAGAGUACAUUCCAGUUGAAGACAGCAAAAUAGCAGCAACGAUGGAUUGGAUUAUUGGGUUGCAAGCAGACAAUGGAACGUUUGCAGAGCCUCCAGAGGGAAGGGUCAUUCACACAGAUAUGCAGGGUGGAUCGUCUGCGGGGGUGGCUAUGACGGCGUACGUUCUUAUUGCGCUCCUGGAAAACAAGAAUGUAACAUUGAGCGAUACCAGCAAGCUCUCUGAUGCAAUAACGAAUGCCACAACGUUUUUAGAAAAUAACAUGGAGCUGUACUCCAAAGACCCAUAUGCACUUGCCAUAAUCUCGUACGCGUUUUUCAAAUCGGGAAGUGACAAAUUAGCGGAAACUCUAUCGCUGCUUGAAAGUCUGGCCGUCAACGAAGGUGGAUUAACUUAUUGGCAUAAAGCUAGUGAGAGUUCGUCGGAUAACAUUUGGAGAGGACCUUACUCUCAAGCCAAAUCAUACAGCAUUGAAAUCGCUUCUUAUGCUUUGAUGGUUUACGCACAGAAGAAAGAUUUAGACAAGGCAUUGCCGAUUGGCAAGUGGCUUUUGAAACAAAGAAAUGCCUUUGGUGGAUUUUCAUCAACACAGGACACUGUGUUGGCCUUAGAAGCACUGGCUUCAUUUGCACCUCUCAUUGUCCCAGCAAGUGAUGGAGCAGGAGUCGUUGUGUCUGUAACUGCUGGUGGUGGCAACUCUUUCACCCAUCAGUUCAAUGCCAUCAACAAACACAAUGCUCUCUUCCUCCAAUCAGUUCAACUUCCAGAAUCCACGACAUCUGUAAAAGUUCAUGCAGUGGGUGAAGGAGUGGCUCUCGCACAGCUCAUCGUGAAAUACAACGUGGACAACGAAAACAGCAAUCAGUUUCUGUCGCUGAAUCUUUCUACAACCUCUGUCGAUAAAAAACUUAAACUUAGUCUUUCCACGGCCUGGAGUGGAUCUGAAGUGACGGGAAUGGUAGUCGUGGAAAUAAACAUCCUGACUGGUUACUCCCUGCUCGAUGAUGGAAACUUUAUCCAACAGAUUGGAAGUACAUUCAAGAAGGUUGAGAAGAGCUCGAACAAAGUUGUCAUCUACUUGGAUGAGCUGACAUACGAAUUUGUGCACUUUGAUGUGCACCUGGAUGAAGUUCUGAAUAUUGCCAACGUGAAACCAGCUCUUGUGAAAGUUUACCGCUACUACCGACCAGACUCUUCAGUGACAGGUUUUUAUUCUUCAAGUUCAGGCCAGACGUGGGAAGGUGCCUGUCCUCAAUGCUGCCGUUAG